AUGAAAUACACACUUAUCUUCGUUUCCGCUACCGCCGCCAGCGUAGCCGCCGUCACUACCACGCUUCCUAAAAGCUCUGGCCUCGCCUCUUUCCCUACGGCCAUCCCCGUGUCCGGCUCCUAUGAUGGAGGCAUGAAACGAUUCGAGCGUAGUCCUGCUGUCUGCCAGGAGCAGACCGAGACGGGCGAAAAGGAUGCCAUGUUUAUCCUCGAAAAUGGUGCGACGCUGUCCAACGUCAUUAUCGGAGCCAGCCAAGCUGAAGGUGUACACUGCAAAGGCACCUGUACGCUCAACAACGUCUGGUGGGCUGAUGUUUGUGAGGAUGCGGCCACGUUCAAGCAGUCUUCGGGCACUUCGUAUGUCAAUGGCGGGGGCGCGUUCAAGGCCGAUGACAAGAUCUUCCAGUUCAACGGCCGCGGCACUGUGCGCAUCAACAACUUCUACGCGCACGAUUACGGCAAGCUGGCGAGAUCCUGCGGUACUUGUUCUGGUAACGGAGGGCCGCGCAAUUUUAUUAUCGAGAACUCAGUGGGUAAGAAUGGUGGCGUUCUUUGUGGAAUCAACACGAAUUACGGCGACACAUGCAAGAUUUCCAAUUCUUGCCAGAACAACAACAAGUCCUGCGACCGGUACACGGGCAAUUCGAACGGGGCUGAACCGCCUAAAGUUGGAUCGGGUCCUGACGGCAAGUAUUGCACCGUAACAGGUUUCACCACCAGCUGUUGA